AUGGAGGAUUUCAAGAAUGAGAUAAAUGAAAUCCGUAAUGCAUUGGCUAGUUUCCGGAGGAAUCCAAAAUCUGAGGAUGAAUAUGAAGAAGCUGGAGAAGAGCUUGAGGUGAAAGAGACUGAAGGGCCGGGAGACAAAAGCGAGGAAAGAUUCUUGAGGGAAUGGCACAAGCGAGUUAAGUUCAUAAAGGGGAGCGUUUCUGGUAAGUUUGUCAGUGUUUCUGGUCAGUUUGUUCGCAUUUCUGGUUAUUAUAGCAACGUUUUUGGUAAGUUUGUCAGUAUUUUUGGUCAGUUUGUUAGCAUUUCUGGUCAGUAUAGUAGCAUUUUUGGUCAGUAUAGCAACGUUCUCGGUCAGUUUGUCAGCGUUUUUGGUCAGUUUUUCAGCAUUUUUGGUCCAUAUAGCAGCGUUUCUGGUCAGUAUAGAAGCGUUCUCGGAGGUGUAGGAUCAUUUAUCAACUGUUAUAAGUGGAAGUUAGUUGCCUCUGCUUUCAUUUCAACAAUGUUGAAGCUCACAGUAUUUUUAGUUACCUGUAUUUUUACAGCCUUGAUAUUGAAGACUGAAGCCAAUGAUGUGACAGUCAGUGUUCAGGGAAAUCAAGUAGUUUUGGACAAUGGUAUUGUGAAUGUGACAUUAGCCAAUCCCCAAGGAAUGGUUAUUGGCGUUCAGUAUGGAGGCAUUGAUAACCUUCUUGAUUCAACUCGAGGUCCAUUUCGUAGAGGGUACUGGGAUAUAAACUGGAAUGAACCAGGAGGCCCAUCCAAAGAGGAUGACAUUCUAGCCACAGAAUUUAAAGUGGUAAAAUCCACUCCGGAUUUAGUGGAAGUUUCGUUUGUUCGAAAGUGGGAUCCUUCCAUUCAAGGAAAAGAUCAGCAAGCUCCAAUCGACGUAGACAUAAGGUAUAUUUUGCAAAAAGGGAGUUCAGGGUUUUAUGUGUAUGCAAUCUAUGAACGCAAUUCAGAAUACCCUGCGUUCGCAUUAGGACAGACACGCAUGGUGUUCAGACUCGACCAGGAUAGAUUCAACCACAUAUCACUAAGCGACAAGAAACAGAAGUUGAUGGCAAUUGAAUUGGACAGAGACCGGGCCAGGAGCGCUCCACUUGAAUACCCUGAAGCAGUCAUCCUGACUGAUCCAACAAAUCCUGCACUUAAAGGCCAGGUGGAUGACAAAUACCAAUAUUCUUCGGAUGUUAUGGAUGAUGGAGUCCAUGGAUGGUUUAGCUUGGAUCCUUUGGUUGGCUUUUGGGUUAUUUUUCCAAGUCAAGAGUUUCGAAGUGGAGGCCCUACCAAACAAGAGUUGACAGUCCAUACAGGACCUAUUUGCCUUGUUAUGCUUCAUAGUGCUCAUUACAUGGGGAACAAUUCUAUGAUAUUUGAUAAUGGAGAAUCUUGGAAGAAAGUUUUUGGUCCAAUUAAAGUGCACUUAAAUGUAGAUCCAGAGCUUAAAACCCCAUCUACACUUUGGAAUGAUGCCAAACAAAAGAGACUUAGUGAACAAACGUUGUGGCCAUACUCUUUUCCUAAUUAUGUUGCUUAUUUAAAGGAAGACCAACGAUGUUCUAUUUCAGGAAGAUUGUUAGUUCAAGAUAGAUUUAUAUCUCCAAAUGCAUUUCCCGGUAAAUUUGCAUAUUUAGGCUUGGCUGCUCCUGGUAAGGAGGGAUCAUGGCAAAAGGAAAGUAAGGGUUAUCAAUUUUGGACGAACACAAAUCAAGAUGGAAACUUUCGAAUUACUAAUAUUCUUCCUGGCGAGUAUAAUUUAUAUGGAUGGGUACAAAACAUAGUUGGCGAUUACAAACAUGAGACUCCCCUUAAGCUCUCACCAGGUUCUUCAAUUGAUCUUGGUGAUUUGAUAUAUGAACCACCAAGAAAUGGGCCAACAAUAUGGGAAAUUGGCAUUCCUGAUAGAACUGCUAAAGAAUUCUUCAUUCCAGAUCCAGCACCAAAAUUUAUCAACAAUUUGUAUUUACAUAAUGAAAGGUUUCGCCAAUAUGGACUUUGGGAAAGAUAUACAGAUCUGUAUCCUAAUAGUGAUCUGGUAUAUACUAUUGGAGUUAGUAACUACUCAAAGGAUUGGUAUUAUGCUCAUGUCACAAGGUUAAACCCUAAUGGAAGAUAUACAACAACAACAUGGCAACUCAAGUUUAAACUUGAGAAUUUGAUUAAUGAUGGAUCUUAUACAUUGCACAUAGCAAUUGCAUCUGCAACACAUGCACAUCUUCAGGUAUUAUUCAAUGAUCAAUCAGGUCGAUAUCAUUUUGAGGCCACAUUAAAUGAACAAGACAAUGCAAUAGCUCGACAUGGAAUCCAUGGAUUUUACCAAUUUUUUAGUGUGCUAGUGAAUCCUAAUUGGUUGGUGCAAGGAGACAAUACACUAUUUAUCACCCAAAAGUCAUAUGGAACUGCAUUCAAUAGUAUUUUUUAUGAUUAUAUACGAUUAGAAGGACCUAAACAUAGCUAAAACAAAAUUGUACAAGGAUUUGAAAAUGAUUGUCCUUGAAUUAUUGUUUAGAAAGAACAUUUUUUAAAUAAAAAAGAUACAAAUAAAGGUCAAAUUUAAGUAUUUGACUUUACUAAUUAUUUUUAUCAUUUCUUAUAAUUGUAAACAAGAUCUAAAUUGAAUCUUGAUUAUCUUUGCAUUGUUGCUUAG